UGUUCCGGAUGUAACGCCUCCCUCCCGCCACCUCGCUGAUCCUCUUAUCUACAAGCAGGCGGCCAAGAUGGAUGUUGUGAACCAGUUGGUGGCCACCGGGCAGUUUACCAUAAUCAAACAGCCUUUGGGAUUUAUGAAAAUCCUACAAUGGAUUUUUGCCAUCUUUGCUUUCUCGACAUGCGGCAGCUACUCUGGCAUGUUCAAGAUGAGUGUGGAGUGUAAAAACCGGUCAGAGAGUGACCUGAGCAUUGAGGUGGAGUUUGAGUAUCCAUUCAGGCUACAUCAGGUGUACUUCAAUGCCCCAACCUGUAAGGGGGGAAACACUGAGCGUCUGUUCCUGAUUGGAGACUACUCCUCCUCAGCUGGGUUCUUUGUCACCGUCGGAGUCUUCUCUUUCCUCUACUCCAUGGCAGCCCUUUCUGUGUACGUUUUCAUUCUGGAGAAAUACCGUGAAGGCUGCAAGGGAGCCCAGAUUGACUUCGUUGUGACCUGUGUGUUCACCUUCUUCUGGCUGGUGGCUUCUUCUGCCUGGGCUAAGGGUCUGUCGGAUGUGAAGGCAUCCACUGACCCAGACAAGGUCCUCUUACUAAUCGAGGCAUGCGACGAACCGGAGAACCGCUGCCGUGAAGUCCACGACCCUGUCGUCUCUGGUCUCAACACAUCUGUGGCAUUUGGCUUCCUCAACCUGAUCCUGUGGGGAGGAAACCUGUGGUUCGUGUUCAAGGAGACCGGCUGGCUGGCAGCCUUCGGAGGCACAUACGCACCUUCCCAGGAGAAAGCGCCUGCCCCAGAGUCCUUCGGCCAGGACGGCUAUGGGCAGGAGGGCUACGCACAGCAGGGGGAUGCCUAUGCCGGCACCCAGGGAGGCUACCAGCCCGACUAUGGCCAGGGCGGCUACACCGAGGGAGGCGGAGACUAUCAGCAGGGGGGAUACGAACAGCAGCCCACCUCCUACGCCAAUCAGAUGUGAGCUGGUCCACCCUAUGGAAGCUGGGCCACCAUGUGAUUUGGGAGUGUGGUGCCUGACCACCACCCACAAUUCCACACUCGUCUGUUUGUGCAUCUGUGAGUUGACAAGAGGAGGGAGGCAGGGAGCGAGGGAUGGAGGAAGGUGGGCUCUUGGGAGGGGAAGUGAGCAACACCGUGUCGUUUGGGAGAGGGUUAUUUUGUUGAGGGGGAAAUGGGUCCUUACUGUAAAAUGCUGUUUAUUCUCGUGAUGUAUUUAACUGUAGAAGACAACAGGGGAUUGAUUGUCCAUUUGAUCAUACGAGGACAAACUUGAAUACAAAACCAAAACCUGAAUAAAAAAAUUAAAAAACAAGAUCAAUCUUAUAAAGGAAUAACACUUAAAUGAAGGACAAUAAUGGUAGUAAUAUUUAACUUGGGAGAAUGUAUUUGUCUGUGCUAUGUAAAUAUCAACAUAUUCAUAUAGAAAUAUGUACACAGUUGAAUAAUUGUGCACUCCAUAUUAGUUGUUAUACAACAAAUGUAGAGCACAGAGUUAUUCAAUUGUAUUUACUUCAGUUCUGUUUAGGAGCUCACAUAGUUCAACCCUUGUCAUUUUUUAAUAUUUAUGUUUUGUAUAUUUUAUUUCUCCAUGUGUGUUUCUUUACAUUUUCUGUUUAUUCAUUUUCAGAAUAGAGUUAUAUAUUUUCUAUUUUCUCAUUGUGCUUUUUUAUUUGUUCAACAUUACUGAGUGAGUUUGACGGGAUAGAGAAGACGUGAUGGCAAAGGAUGAAGCAAAAAAAGAAAGCAAAAAGAACGAUGAAUUCAGAGAGUGAAGAAUGAGAGAGGUGUUAGCAGUGGAGAGGUGUUAGCAGUGAUUUAUGUAUUUAACAUUGGUUUCAUUCAUUACAACUUGUGUUCAUUGUCUUUUAUAUUUUUCCAUCGAAAUAUUACUCAAGCAAUGAUUUCGCUAUGUUUGUUCCAGAGAAUCUCUUAAAAGCUGAAAUGUAAAAAGGAGAAAAUGCAUCUAGGAUAAUGAAAAAGUAGUUUGCAUGGUAAGAAUUGGUAUUCUGCUAAUACUAUGCUGUUUCUAAAAACUGCUGUACGUAGUGUGCUAUCAACACUCUUAUUUAAAGAUGAUUUGAGGAUGUUAAGGGGGAUCAUGUUUUUUUAUUUUAUUGUAGUUUGGAACUUGGCAUCGGACAGAUUGGGCCCAGAACCUUGUCCUGUUUCGAUCGCCUAUUUAUCUAGUCUAGGGAUGAGUCAUACGACAGAGUUAUUAAUCGUGUUUAAUCACCAUUUCUAUUGGUUGUCUGAUCAAAAUGCAUGCAUAUAUUUACAUAGAACUAAAUCAAUAUGGCACAAUAUGUGCCAUUUUCAAGACCAUACACAAGCCAUAGAAAAUAAGUACAGCAUUUUUUACAUAUUAAUAUAGCCAACUGAGGUGUUCUGAACAGUAUCUUGGUUCCAUGUAAAUAAAAUAUCCUGCAUCCCCCAUCCCCCCACAUUCACUCUCAAAAGCCGGUUUUGCAUGUGUCUGACUCCUGGACUUAAAGCAGCCUGGAACAAAUUGUAGGCAAGUAGCAAACAAGUGUUACAGCAUUUUAAGUAAUAGUAUGUUUGGCUCAUCAUAAGGUGACAACACAGCACAGAACAGUGCAGCUCUGCUAUAUUUUACACAAAGUACAGGGACUACACGUGCUGCGAUGAUCACUCUUUUCAAGGUCAUGUAGAUAGGUCUACUCGCCAUACUGCCAAUCCUCUGUUUGGAUAGAAGAAAAACUGUAUUGCCAAAUGGUAACAGGACAGAUAGAUAGAUUUUGCUUCAUCAGUUAUCAUCACAAAUAAAUUGUUUUUCAUCCAUGUUAUUCCAUUAUGCAGUUUUGGAUCCAUAAUUUUCUUUAUCAGGUUUUUUUUAAUCAGUCGGUGUAGAGCAGGGUUCUUCAAUUCCGGUCCUGGAGGGCCGAAACACCUCUGUUUUUCAU